GGGCGGCGGGCCGGGAUGCGCGCGGCGCUGGGGAAGGUAUUGGCGCCGGGGGUCGGGCGCGGGGCAGGAGGGCGCCGGGGCGGGCGUUUCCCAGGGGCGGGGGAGGUAUUGGCGGCGGCGGCGGGCCAUGAGGGGUCAUUAGCCCCGGUCCUGGCCACUCCGCCAGGAGCCGCCCCGCUGCCGGGUUUGCUGGUUCUAUGCCUGGGGAAGGAAAUGUUUCUAAAACAGGCAUUUGCUCUUAGCAGAGUAACAGCAGCCAGAGAGAGCCCCAUCUGUGCUGUAGGCAGCACGUUGCUGAGCUGCAACAGACACUACAGGUCCCAGCCUACGCAUGGCAUUGGGAGGUUCAGACACCUGCUUCCACUGGAGCUUUCAAAGAGGAAAAGGGACAGGAUACGGAUGAAGGAGAUUAGUGCUGGAUCAGAUCAUGCAUAUGGAGACCUGAACAUACAGAUGACUGCGUACGACAUGUGCCUGGUGGAGCAUUUUGCUCAAUAUGUACAUAAACUCUGCAACCGAUUCUCCAUUAGAGUGAUCGAAAGCUAUGCGAUGCCCACUAAAACCACGGAGGUAAUGCUUGUGCAGGAGCAAGGGUCCAGGCUGUACCUAGAUGCUGUUCUUACAACCCACCAGCGAGUUGUACAGAUCAGUGGUUUGAGUUCAAUGUUUGCUCCUGUACUCUUGGAGGUUAUUCAGAGUAACCAGCCCGAAGGGGUCCAUCUGUUGGUGAAAGAGCAUACAGAGGCAGACUUCAAGGUUCGAUUAAAGGCUCGACCAGAACUUGAAGAGCUGAUGGCGCAAAUGAGCUGAGCCAGUGUCCAGCUAAAACUAUCCAAUCCAUUUCAAAGCCAUCUUUGUGAAGCCAUAGCGUCCCUUAAUUGGCUCCCGGUAGCCUUCAAAGGCAACUCUUAAUACGGUCUUAUUGAUAUGUUUGUUGCUUGGAAGAUGUUUCUACUGCCCUGUUCAGGAGCUUAUUUUAAUGAAAUCAAAUGUACCCAUUGUG